GCUCAUGCAACUUUGCAAUUUGUAAGUUGCAGUGCUAGCAGCAGCUUGUGUUCAGGUGGGCCAGGAAGAAUACUGCAGGCUGCAGGGAGGGCGGAAGCAAUUCUUGGGUUGUUUGGGGUUGCUUGGAUCCCCAUCAGGCGACUUGCUCGUGUGACUUCAAAGAAUGGAGCAGCACGGGGACGUUUUUGCGACGCUUCACAAGUGGUUGGACGGAUUGCACCGCCAUGCGUCGUGGCCCCUCACUGACCGCUAUCUACAGACGUAUCUCAUCCCGUCGGCUUUGACGGUCUUGGCUUUGACAUUCACCUUGGCUCUGUGGUCUUUGUUGCCCAAGAGGCUCAAAGUCCGCGGAGCGCCAGUGAAGGCUGCAGGACCAAAUCCUGGGGAAGCAAGGCGGAACAAGAGGUAUCUGGCAUUCCUGGAAACUCCAUGGGAUGGCGCUGAAACCCUGGCCAGCCUCUUUGAGCAGUCGGCCAAGAAGAACGCCGGCAACAAGUGCCUGGGCCACCGACGGGUGAUUAAGCGCGAGGAGUUCUUUGACGAGAAGUCCAAGCGCAACUUUGAGAAGCUGACGCUUGGGGAGUACCAGUUCCAAACUUACCAGCAGGUGUUUGAACGCGUUGAGCGUGUCUCCUCGGGUCUCAUUGCACUGGGCCACAAGCCCCGUGAGAACCUCGGCAUAUUUGCCGAGACGCAGGCGGGAUGGAUUGUCACCCUGCAAGCAGCCACUCGACAGAGCAUUCCGGUUGUUACUGUGUAUGCAUCCUUGGGCGACGAGGCCCUGGUGCACGCGCUCGGCGAGACGGAGGUGAAGACGGUGGUGGCGGAUCUGAAGCUCAUGGGCAAGCUGGUCAAGGUCGCCGACAAGCUGACGACCGUCAAGCGGGUCAUCUACUUCGAUGACAUCAACCCCGACAUGGAGCUACCGAAGAUGCCGUCAUCGUGGCACAUUGUGAGCAUGAAGGAGUUGGAGGCACUCGGGGAGAAGCAGCCUGCCAAGCCCACGCUGCCCAAGCCGUCCGAUCUCGCCGUCAUCAUGUAUACGAGCGGGAGCACAGGAAUGCCCAAGGGCGUCAUGAUCCCGCACGCCGCCAUCGUUUCCGCCUCCGCCGGUGUCCUGGCGUCUGUUCCGCAAGCGGAUGCGAGUGCGUCCUAUCUGGCUUACCUGCCACUCGCCCACGUCCUGGAGCUGGCAGCCGAACACGCCAUCCUCACACUGGGGGCUUCCAUUGGGUAUGGUUCCCCGCUCACUCUCUCCGACCAGUCGCCUAAGCUGCAGAAGGGCACCCGGGGCGACGCCCCGACCCUGCGACCGACCAUCAUCGCAGCUGUUCCCGCCAUUAUGGACCGGAUCCGUGACACUGUCAACGCAAAGAUCAAGCAAGCGGGCUUCCUGGUCUCGAUGCUUUACCAGAUCGCCUACAAGAGCCGCCUGGCGCAGCUCGAGAGCGGGGCGGAGGGCUUCGGCAUUCUUAAGGCGCUGUGGGACCUGCUGGUGUUCCGGCGGGUGAAGGACAUCCUGGGGGGGCGGCUGCAGCUGAUCGUGUCCGGGGGGGCGCCGCUGUCCAGCGACACGCAGCGGUUCAUCAACAUCGCGAUGGGCUGCCCCAUCGCACAGGGUUAUGGGCUAACCGAGACGUGCGCAAUCGGCACUAUCGCGGAGGCCGACGACCGGAGCGUGGGGCGCGUGGGGCCCCCCGUGGCGUCGUGCCACGUGAAGCUCGUCGAUUGGCCGGAAGGCAACUACCGCACGACAGACCGGCCCUUCCCGCGGGGCGAGAUCUGCAUCGGGGGGCCGGUGGUCACGCGCGGGUACUACAAGAACGAAAAGAAGACCAAGGAGGACUUCUCGGAGGACGAGGACGGCGUCCGGUGGUUCCACACGGGCGACGUGGGGCAGUGGCACCCGGACGGCGUGCUCGAGAUUAUCGACCGCAAGAAGGACAUCGUCAAGCUGCAAAUGGGCGAGUACGUCUCGCUCGGCAAGGUGGAGGCUGCCCUGUCAUCCUCCCCAUACGUGGACAACCUUAUGGUGUACGCCGACUCGAACCACUCGUUCUGCGUCGCUCUAGUUGUCGCCAGCAAGGCGCUCAAGGACUGGGCCGGAGGCAAGGACCUCAGCGGGAGCGAAGUUGAGGAAGAGGUCAAGAAGUCGCUGCAGAAGGUCGCGAAGGAAGCCAAGCUGGAGCGGUUCGAGAUCCCGACCAAAGUGAAAGUGCUGGAGGAGCCAUGGACGCCGGAGAACGGCCUUGUUACGCAGGCCAUGAAGCUGAAGCGAGACCCCAUCAGGAAACAGUUCAAAGAGGCUUUAGACAAAAUGUACUCCAAGUGAAGCGGCGUAGGUUAGACAGGAAUCAAGACGUUUGGUCUUUUGAGCAGGCUAGACUAAAGUUUUUGGUCGAUAAGGCAGCAAACGCCAUUAAGGCUGUUUAAGCAUGAGUAAUUACUUGUGUCACGGAGGUAUAGCAUUGGCAGUAUGGCAGCGGCACCCCUUGUACUGACCUGCAACUGCGCGCCACAUUUUGUUCAACAAGCGACCUGGCACGCAUGGAAGCUCGACUACAGGACCCGGC